CCGCUUAUCAUCUCUUGCAUUCGUCCCACAAAUCAAUAAUCCCUAUACAUCCCACGCCGUCCUCUGCGUAUCGUUCAGUACCUGACCUGAGCGCCCCUCGGAGCAUCACCCGGCCUCACUUCUCCUUGACAACAACCGACCACCCUGGUGACUGUCCGACAUGCCGUCCCUCCGAUCACUCUCCCCCAUCCCCCCAAUGGCCCGGUCAAAUCCUUCUUCUCCUAAUCCAAACCACCGCCUCUCCACCUCUUCCAAUCGCUCUCUCAAGAAAUCCGAAGCAGACUUUGAAGCUGCCCUUCGUGACACUGGUGCUACUCUCUUCCUCUCUGCUGGACCGGCCGCUAUAGGGGAAGAGCCCGAGACAGAGUCUGCUUCUGGCGCUUCCGAGGCUACGCCAGGGCUCGACGCAGAUACUAUGGAUAGUCCAGUAUAUUCAACUGAAGCGGGAAAGCACAGGAGUUAUGAGGACGAUUUCAGAGAACUCGGACGAAAGUCACAGGAUGAAAGGGUCGGGCUUGGUGUGGGCAGUCUGGGGAUGGGAAGCCCUUCAAGAGGAACGUUCGCUACACCCGGCGUCAUUCCUCCUACCCCCACGAGGGGGCACAUGCGAGCAGGGUCGGUGAUGACUACCUCGAGCGCGGCCUCGAAUGGCACGGGCGAUACGCCAGGCCGCCAUGCGCGCAAGGUCAGCAAAAGUCUCGGCAUUGACGCUGAACUCGGUAUCGAACCUAAGCAAAAAUUGAAGAAGCCACCCCCAAAGCGCCGCAACGUGUUUCGCUCCGCUGGCACGAGUUCUCAGCCGGAUCUUGCUUCUAUCGUUCGUCGGUCUACAAAGGACAAACCAGAUCACGACCCCCCUCCCUCUGCCGGCCCUACAUCUACCGCAUCGCCAAUGUCUGAGAUAACUCCCUCGACGAGCUCCAGGACACUAUACCAAAGCCCGCGAGGUUUGAGCUCCCCCCCUCGAGCUGCAGGGACUGGAACGGCUGAAGGUACGAAGAAGGAAAACAUGGACGUGUAUGGGUCAAUGAUGGGAGGCAACCAGAUGGCCACGAUAGCAGAGGGGCAAGGUACUUUGAAUAGGAAUAGGUCGAAUACUUCGGACGAGGGCUUCAGAAGCAUGAGAAACAAGGCCAGAGGCAUGUUUGGCAAGAUGUUUGGAUCCAGCAAGGAUGUACGUACCAGCUCUCACAGAGCCCUCUGACGCCUUACAGUCUCGUCUACCAAGUAAUUCAGCGUCUGCCUCUUCUUCCCGAAUAGACAUCCAUGAGAUGCCAAGUCAGUCGGUACCACCGGUCCCUGCAGUUCCCUCCGCCUAUGCGCAACAGAAGCAGCGCGUCUUCAAUUCUCCUCCUAUUUCACAUCCCGACGUAUUCGGUCCCACCGACGAAAGUACUGCAGACCGGUUCACGCUCGGCAGUCCAGUGUUGCCUCAAAAGGGUCCACCUCCUCCCCCAAGACCUAUCAAUACUGGGAUGGUUGCCGGGAGAGUAUCUACUACGCCCACAGGGAGGAGAGAGUCAGGAGCAAGCGCAUUGAGCAUCGACAAGCCUCUGCCGGCUGUACGAGUCACAGACCAAGAUGGUACGGCGCCCCAACUCGAGAAAAAGAUUGGGAGCUCGCUGCACGUACGGCAGCCUGCGAAUGCGGAGGAGGAGGAGGAGACUACGCCUGUCCGAGCCGGUUCAUCACGGAAGCCUCAAUCGUCGCCAGCCACGGCGGCAGUGUCCUCGUUCUCGGCGGACAUGGCAGGCAUGCUGGCGGAUAUCGGUCAGUCGGAGCCUGCCAGAGAGUUGGGGCUACCGCCGUCAAGUAUGAGAAAAAAGGCGAAUGGCCGAGGCAAGUUCCCUGCCGAUUUGAGUCGGACUCCGUCACAGGAGUCGCCUCCCCCGACAGGACCUCAGAGAUCGGCUUCCCUGCCGGCAAACAAUCUGGCCAAGCAGGAAUCCUCAUCCCCUCAGCGAGCGUCGACUUCACACAUCCCAUCGUAUCUCGCAACCGCUAGCAAGGCCCAGCCGAACCAAUUCUCCCGUUUGCGAGCUUCGUCUGGAUCCAAGACUCGGCUCGAGACUCAGAUGGAAGGUUCCGAAGGGCCUCUGCUCAAUGCACAACCAUCAGCGGCACCUCAGAUCUCACCCAUCGUUGGUGAAAACAAAAGGCUGGGUCUUCCGAGCACUGUCAAGGCGGCCUCUCAAGCCAACGACGCCUCUGAAACGCCUUCCAGGGAUUCUCCAAAGUCGCCUUCCCCCACCGGCCCGUCGGCCUGGGGCAGACAAUCUCCUGGAGCCCCAAAUCUGUCAGAAUCAUCAGACACUGAGCUCUCGCGUCUUCAAAGCAACACUGGCUCCGGCUCGGUUGCGAGCAGGCAUGACGACGGCGACGUGGAGAUGAUGGCAUCGCCACCAAGGACGCCCAGUCGAGCGGAAACGGUGAACACCGAUAUCACCGAAGGUGGUGAAGAAUUGGAGGAGAAGGGCAAGAGGCUGGCAUGUGAGAUCUUGGACGAGGACACGACGAAUGUAGCGGGAGACAAGGUUGCAGAGUUCUUGGGGGGACCGCACCCCGUGAAUACCGUCGCGCUCAAGUACUACAUGCAGUACUUUGACAUGAAGGGUCAGAAUCUUGUUGAAGCUUUCCGUGAUCUCUGUCAAAAGCUCUACCUCAAAGCCGAGUCUCAAGAGAUUGACCGCAUCAUCGAAGCCUUCUCUGGCCGCUAUUUCGAGUGUAACCCAAACACCACUUUUGGCUCCCCCGGUGUCGUCCACACCGUCGCGGCUGCAAUGCUUAUGCUCAACACCGAUCUGCACAUUGCAGAACUCCAAAAGCACAUGUCCAAGAGCGAAUUUGUGAGGAACGCAAUGCGGGCAAUUCAGAUGAGCAGCGGUGCCGACGAGGACAGGUCUUCGACGCCUGAUUUGAUCAGAGAUGAUGGGGACAACCAGCCGCCAAGUUUGAGCUCGAGUACAUCCACUAAUUACGUGGGCAGCGUACGUGCAAAGGUCCCGGCUUCUGGUGCCACCCAAAGAAGCGCUUCCGCCCCUGUGGUGACGUCGCCACCGCCCCAUCACCGCGCCGAUAGCUCUCUGUCUGUAGUCGGUAGCGCUGUCAGUCCCUCAGAGAGUAAGCUCCGAAGCAGUUCGACCACCGUCAGCUCCGGGUCAUUCAACUAUGGCAAGACCUGGGAAACUGAAACCGAGGCAGCGCUCAAGGAGAUAUACUCUAGUGUCCGCGCCGAUAGAAUUCUUCUACCAACGGCAUCAGCUUGGGGCAAUGACAGGAAUAUGACGGGUAACAAGCGCCAGUCGAUGGUAUCUAUCGCCAGCAACGGCCCUUACGACAAGGCUGGGCGCGUUAGGAGUCCCUCCGACAGAGUCAAUAUCCUCAAACGAGGCAGCAUCCGUAGCGUACAAGGCUUGUUAGGGAGCAACAGCCCGUACUCGUCACAGUGGUACAGCUCUGAAGGUAGACUAUCUCCCGCGCCAAGUUACGCCACUUCUACCAACGAAAUCAAUUCUCCUGGGUCAGCGUUUUCACCAGCUCUCGGCUUUGCGUCCAACCUUUCACACACGGUGAUUCGCGAACAUGACGGUGACGACACACACUCUGUACAUUCGCAUGCCAGUGUGGGGACGAUAGAGGAGAUGGACGACGACGAGUUGGCUCUUUUGGGCGCGCCCUGGGCAAAAGAGGGCAUCUUGCAACGCAAGGUGCAUUCGGAAGGCGUGACGAAGAGAGUCAAGAAGAGCGGAGACUGGAAGCAGUACUUUGUGGUCGCCAGCAAAGGGGACAUCUUUAUGUUCACUUUCGGUGAUGGCAAAGGUGGCGGAUCGAUGUCUAUGGGCGGCUCAGUCGGAGGUGGUAAUUGGCUCGAAAAUGCCAACGCCAACGGCAAGAUUUCUCUCAUGCACACCACCUCGGCCACCCUUCCCAAACCCGGCUACUCUUCCUCUCGACCUUACUGCUUUUCCCUCACCGAGCCUUCUGGUGAGGUCAGCUUCUUCCAAGCUGGUACUGAAGAUCUGGUGGCCGAAUGGGUAGCUACUUGCAACUACUGGGCUGCGCGAAAGAGUCGUCAGCCCCUGCAAGGAGGUGUUUCCAACAUGGAGUAUGGGUGGAACAAGGUUGGGCUGGACGAUCAAGAUGAUCGGAUGAGCAUCAUGAGCCAUAGGAGUAACAUCAGUCGACUCGGUGGGACAUAUGGGCGUCGCUUGGGCACUUCUAGCGGUGGCGGUGGGAAUGACAAGAUCUAUAUCAACGAUUGGAAGCCACCUCCUGCUGCUAGCGUUCCGAGCCCUCUGGACGAGGAGGCGCAACUCGAAGCACUAAUGGCCUACGUGAAGCUUCAGGAGAAGGAGCUUGAAAGGCACAAAGCUGUUGAAGAGCCGAUGAUUCGCUUGUACUCCGUUGGUUCAAAGAAUCUGGCCAAAGCCAAGGAAAAUUGGCGUGCCAAAUCACACUAUAUUCACACCGAAAUUUUCAAGUACGAGACUUACAUUGAUGCUCUCCGACGCGCCAUUCACCUUCGUGUUAAAAGGUCGGGUGAGAAGAAACUCGAAAAGUCUCUCAACUCUUCCAUUCACGGCUUGCACGCCGUUGCCGAAGGAAAGGCAUCCCCUCUUGUUGGCGCUCAUAGCGUAAAGAGCGAGGACGAGGAAGAAGAUGACCAAUUUGAGGAUGCUGCGGCAGAAUUGGGCAAAAAGACGUUGACGAUUGAUCCUGCGGCCGGCCGGUAUGACGAUGGAGAGGAGGAACAACCGAUCACUCCAGGUGCCACGCUUCCAGGAAGGUGAUGCUUGUGCAGUAUUUUCCGUAUACUUUAUAAUAAUAGCAAUGUGUCUGUCGAGAUGUCAAAGCUCACUCUACUUGCACG